AUGACGAAAGAAAUAAAAAUAUUUAAUUCUCGAGGAGAUUGGGGCGUUUCAACGUAUCAUCAUCCCGGUUCUCCUCAAUGCGACUGUGACGGAUUAAAAGGUUAUCCAGGUGAAGCCGGAGUUCCAGGAGUACACGGUCCUGAAGGACCGUCGGGUGACAUUGGACCCGAGGGUCCUGUAGGUCCAAAAGGAGAAAAGGGAGAAUAUGGUGAAUUUGGAGCUGUGGGAGAAAAGGGAGACAGGGGCGACCCUGGAGUCCAAGGAGACAAUGGAACACAAGGAUACGACGGCAAAAUGGGAGAAAAAGGAGUUGACGGUCUUCCAGGUUUAGACGGUUGUAAAGGAGUAGAUGGGCUUUCAGGUGUACCAGGAGUCCCUGGAAUUCCCGGUGGAAGAGGAGGAGUUGGAGAAGAUGGAGAGCGAGGACCACCAGGGGAAGCUGGAGAAGGAGGUGCCAACACUCAAGGAACAAAAGGUGAAAGAGGAGAUGAUGCUGCUGACGGUACACCAGGUUUUCCAGGUUACCCCGGAUUAAGAGGACCCCCCGGUCACCGUGGUCCCGCCGGAGAUAGAGGCAGACCAGGAUAUCCUGGACCUCCCGGACCACCCGGAGACAAAGCCGAACCGGUAAAAGGAUCACCUGGUUUAAAAGGAGAUCGCGGAGAACUUGGAGAACCUGGUCCUCCUGGAAAAUUAACCUAUACUAAUGAAUCGGAACUGGUUCAAGAACCCGGAUUUUCUACAUAUAAAGGGCAAAAAGGAAUGAGGGGAUCUCCAGGAGAACCGGGUCCAAGAGGAGCAAAAGGAGAACGUGGAAACAAGGGCCAAAAGGGAUACUCCGGAUUUCCAGGAAUGAAGGGUAUUAAAGGAAAUCAAGGACCGGAUGGUGAAAGAGGAAAACAAGGAAGAGAAGGUCCACCUGGUGCACCAGGUGAAAAAGGAGACAAAGGAGCUCCUGGAACGGCAGGUUUACCAGGAGCGGACGGAAUGAAAGGAGAUCGAGGGGAGCCGGGAUUUUCUGGAGCUCCUGGGCCUCAGGGUCCCGAAGGGCCUCCAGGAAUUUACGAUCCUGAUUUAGACGAAGAAGUGGAAGGAAUAACGGGGCCUCAAGGACCGAUGGGUUUUCCCGGAGAGAAAGGAGCCGAUGGUGUGCCGGGACAACAUGGACUUGCAGGUCACAUCGGACCACCCGGUGAACCCGGACCUCCGGGUGCCGCAGGACCGGCCGGACCGAGGGGAACAUCUAUCAAGGGAGAACAAGGAGCCGAUGGCAAUCAAGGAUCUCAAGGUCCGAUCGGUUUGUCGGGACCGGAAGGACCAGAAGGAGAAAAAGGUCUUCCAGGUUACACGAUAACAGGUCCACCCGGCGAAGACGGACGAGGUGGUCGAGACGGUUUUCCGGGAGUGGUGGGAGAUCGUGGAGACACGGGUGAACCGGGAGCCAAAGGUUUUCCCGGACGAGGAGUGGCAAUAGUGGGUCCCCCUGGAGAACCGGGUCCGCCAGGAUUCCCCGGUAUUCCAGGAUUACCGGGACUUCCUGGAUACGGAGGACAAAAGGGAAUGCAAGGAGAAAGGGGUGAAGAUUGCGGCGUUUGUCAACCAGGUAGAAAAGGAGAAAAGGGAGAUCGAGGUGACGCUGCUAGAGACGGAAGUCCUGGAGGCCCCGGUUUUCCCGGAUUUCCAGGAAUUAGAGGACCCAAAGGUCAGCCUGGAAUGCCAGGAAGACCAGGUUAUCCAGGUUUAGAUGGAAUCCCGGGUAGUACAGGUUUGGCCGGAACUCCCGGACCCAAAGGUGAAGCGGGAUCUAUUAUUUAUCCUCCGGACAGCAUGACUUUAGGACAUACGGGUGACCCAGGUUUGCCAGGUUUCCCAGGAGAACAAGGGCCUUGGGGUCCUAUGGGACCUCCAGGACCAGCUGGAGAACGGGGUUUAAGAGGAAGGAAAGGUGUAAAAGGUACCAUGGGAGCUCCAGGUAGUCAAGGUCGAGACGGGCGAGCAGGAGGUGAUGGUCAAGCCGGUCCUAAAGGAGACUCUGCUUUUGUUCCUAAGGAAUUCUUGAGAGGCGAUCCUGGAAUAGAUGGAUAUAGAGGUCUUCGAGGAGACAUUGGAGAGCCAGGUUUGGUUGGUUUACCAGGAGAUGCUGGAGAAUGGGUAUUAGAUAUUCAAGGAGAUAAAGGUUACAAAGGUCAGCCAGGAGAUUACGGUUUACCAGGCCGAAAAGGUGAACCUGGUCCAGCAGGAGAUCAAGGAUUCCCGGGACCUCAAGGUCCUCAGGGUUCCCAAGGUAUUUCUGCCCAAGGUGAAAUUGGAUUAAAAGGGUAUCCUGGAAUCACCGGAGAACAGGGACUAAGGGGCGAGCCUGGUAAACCCGGAUUAGCUGGCAAAAUGGGUCUGCCCGGAUUUGGUGGGCAAAAAGGAGCACGAGGUGAAAGAGGACAAAGCAUUCUUGAUGGUCCUUUUGGUCUUCAAGGCCCCAAAGGACAGCCAGGGGAUGUUGGAGAUGAAGGAUUUGCUGGACCCCCGGGAACAGCCGGUGUCACUGGACAAAAAGGAAUUAAAGGAAUGAAAGGAGCAGCAGGAUACGUUGGCUUACAUGGAUUAAGAGGAGAAAGAGGACAACAGGGAGCCAUCGUUCAAGGACCUCCUGGUUUUCCUGGUAGUCCUGGAUUUAACGGCGCUAAAGGGCAACAGGGAGAUGAAGGUUACCCCGGUGAAGACGGAUUCCCCGGUAUUCUUGGAGAAAAAGGAACAAAGGGAGACAUUGGAAACCAAGGAAGAGUUGGUGAGCCCGGAGACGCUGGAGCACCUGGUUUGCCCGGAUUAGAUGGAAGAAUGGGAAGUCCGGGUGUUUUUGGUGAACAAGGAGAUCGGGGAGAUGUAGGAAUACCUGGAGUUCCAGGUGUAAAAGGAAGAAUGGGUAUGCCGGGUACACCAGGAUUAAAGGGCAGUACUGGAGACCCGGGAAAUUUCGGAGGCAUGGGAUUUCGCGGACCUCCUGGAUAUCCGGGGCUGCCUGGAGAUCCAGGAUUACCCGGACUGGACGGUUUGCCAGGGGAUUCUAGUUUUAGCGGUCCUAAAGGAGAACCAGGAGAUCCAGGAGUUGAUGGGCAACCGGGAAUUCCGGGUCCUAGAGGUUUGGAUGGUUUAAAGGGAGAAAGGGGAGAUGAAGGUUUUAUCAUUUUCGGGGGUGCAGGUCAGCCUGGUGAGGGAGGAAGAGCUGGAUUCCCCGGUGUUGUAGGUCGUCCGGGACCAAAGGGAGAAAGAGGAGAUCCUGGCAUACCAGGUGAAAAAGGUGAACAGGGAGAUAUAGGAAAUGUUGGUUUUGUCGGAAAUAGAGGCCGAGAUGGAGCUUUUGGACUACGAGGAGUUCCUGGAUUACCAGGAAGUGAUGGUAGAGUAGGUGAAAAAGGUGUUCAAGGCGACGAAGGUGAUCCAGGAGUUAUCGGUAGACCAGGAAUGCCUGGAGACCUCGGACCGGAAGGACCUCGGGGAUUGCCCGGUUAUCCUGGGGCUAAAGGAGCCAUGGGAGAUCCAGGAAGAAACAUUUACACUCCUGGAACUAAAGGAAGUCCCGGAGAAAAUGGUUUGCAUGGUAUGAAGGGCAUGCCUGGAAGACCUGGACCGCCGGGUUUGAUGGGCUUACCCGGCUUUAAGGGAGAUGUUGGUGAAGCAGGAUACCCAGGAGAAGCAGGUUUUCCUGGUGCGCGCGGAGAAAUGGGACAAAAAGGAGAUCAAGGAAAUCCUGGUUUGCCCGGUAUUUCUGCAGCGUUUGCCGACCGUGGAGAUCCCGGAACUCCAGGAUUGGAUGGAAUUGCGGGUAGACCUGGCGUACCUGGUCAAAAAGGCGCUCCUGGAAACUACGGAGUCGACGGGUUGCCUGGAUUACCAGGUCCAAGCAUUCCUGGAGCACCAGGUCCAAAAGGUUUUCCUGGCUCGGCAGGUAGACCUGGAUUAGCAGGAGCUCCAGGAUUGCAAGGAAUGAAAGGAGAUGCAGGAAGACCAGGAUAUCGUGGAGCAAAAGGAAUGAGAGGUGCUCCAGGAACUACACCAAUAAGUUUAAAAGGUAUGAAAGGUCAAAAGGGAUUCCCGGGUUUCCCAGGCUUAAAUGGAGCUAAAGGUUUCCAAGGAGAUGCUGGAUUCCCCGGAGUUCCAGGAGUACCUGGGUUAAAAGGAGAAAAAGGAGACUUUGGAGAACCUGGUCUGCCUGGACGUGCUGGACUUCAAGGCCCCAAGGGAAUGAAAGGAGAUUGGGGUGAAACACCAAUUGUGGCUUACGAAUUAUUGAAAGGACAAAUGGGAGAAAAAGGAUUUCCUGGCACAGUGGGUCUACCAGGGCAACCUGGAAUCAUGGGUAAUCCUGGAAGAGACGGACUACCGGGUUUAGUCGGAGACAGUGGAAUUGAUGGUUACAACGGUUUGAUGGGACCUUCAGGACCCAAAGGUCAACCAGGUUUGCCAGGAAGACCUGGCUUUCCAGGAGCUAUCGGCAGAAAAGGUAUUGCCGGUAUUAGAGGAGAUCCGGCUCCGGUCGGUUAUCCUCCAAGAAGAAGAGGAUUUUUCUUCACGGUUCACUCUCAAACAGAUGAAGUGCCUCCUUGCCCUCAAGACACCACGGUGCUUUGGGACGGCUAUUCCCUUCUUCAUUUUAUGGGUAAUGCAAAAUCACACGGUCAAGAUUUGGGAGCGCCUGGAAGUUGCCUUCGUAAAUUUUCAACCAUGCCAUUUAUGCCGUGCAAUUUGAACAAUGUGUGUGAAUAUUCGUCAAGAAAUGAUUACAGUUAUUGGCUUAGUACAUCUGAGCCCAUGCCAAUGAUGAUGACACCUAUUCAACCACCAGAUUUGAAAAAAUAUAUUUCUAGAUGUGCCGUUUGUGAAGCUCCAACGAGAGUAAUAGCAGUUCACAGUCAAUCAAAUGAUAUACCAAACUGUCCAAACGGUUGGGAAAAUCUUUGGAUCGGUUACAGUUUCUUGAUGCACACGGCUUCCGGUGCUGACGGUAGUGGUCAAUCUCUAAUAUCUCCAGGAUCAUGCUUGCUCGAAUUUCGUCCUACACCUUUCAUUGAGUGUCAUGGCGUUGGUCGGUGUAACUACUUUUCAAAUUCUUAUUCGUACUGGCUUUCAACUCUAAACGAACGUGAUAUGUUCAGUAAACCACGUCAGCAAACUCUUAAAGCUGGCCUAUUAGAAACCCGCAUAAGUAGAUGUUCAGUUUGUAUGAGAACAAAUGAUUUCAAUAGAAGAAGACAAAAUUUUUCAGCCGCUGAAUAUUAUCAAAGAAGAGCAUCAAGAAACACUAAAACCAAAUUAUUAAAGAGAAAAAGUAAAAAUCCAAGGAGAAUUGAUCUUUUCAAGGCUUUAAUAUAG